AUGGGUGUAAUACGCAAGAAGACCGCCUCGCGCGGCACCGAGGCUGGCACCAAAUUUCAUUGCGACGUGUGCUCCGUGGAUGUGCGCAUCUCGUGCGCCCAUCCCGACUGCCAUGAAUACGAUCUUUGCGUCCCCUGCUUUGGUGCGGGGGAGAAAUCGAAGAACCACGACCCGCAAUCUCAUCCAUUCCAUGUCAUCGAACAAAACUCCGUCCCGAUCUUCCAGGAGGACUGGGGUGCGGACGAGGAGUUGUUGCUGCUGGAAGGCGCGGAGAUCUAUGGCCUAGGCUCGUGGGCCGAUAUCGCAGACCACAUUGGCGGCUACCGCACCAAGGAUGAAGUACGCGAUCACUAUAUCGACACAUACAUCAACAGUUCCAACUUCCCGCUACCGGACCGGGCAGACCCGGAAGACACCACUCUCCAAAAUUCGAUCUCCAAGGAGGAAUUCCAGACGCGCAAGAAGCGGCGCAUCGAGGAGCGCAAGGAGGCCGCCAAGGCAGCACCCCCAACGACACCGAAGCAGAAACCCACUGCCAGCGUACCGGCCUGCCAUGAGGUGCAGGGCUACAUGCCUGGUCGUCUAGAGUUCGAGACCGAGUUCUUGAACGAUGCAGAGGAGGCGGUCCAGCAUAUGACGUUCGAGCCUGGGGCGGGUAUCGGCCCUGAGGGCGAAAUGGAUCCGGAGACCGAACUCAAGAUGACGGUGGUCGAUAUCUACAAUUCGCGGCUCACGGCGCGUACGGAGCGCAAGAAGAUCCUCUUCGAGCAUAACCUGCUUGAGUACCGGAAGGCCACCGCGCAGGAUAAGAAGCGCUCCAAGGAAGAGCGCGACCUUCUCAACAAGGCGAAGCCGUUGGCGCGGAUGAUGAACCGCAAGGACUUUGAGGAUUUUAACAAGGGGUUGGAGUAUGAGCACAACUUGCGCCUUGCCAUUUCGCAACUGCAAGAAUGGCGGCAAAUGGGAAUUGGCGAUCUGAAAACCGGCGAAAAGUACGAGCAGGACAAGCAGCAGCGUGUGCAGCGGUUGUUGCCCCAGGGCUCGUUCGACCGCUUUGCCAGCGCACGACCAAAACAGUCGCAGCAGGUGGACCAGGCAUCGGUAGCGGGCCAGCUAACGAUGCCCGAGCUGCCGCUGCGACUGCAGAAGGCGGCGAAUCCGCACAAGCAGCCCGACCCCAGCGACCUGCCCCUGAACGACUUCGAUCGCGCCUUCGCCGUUGACGGCGACGGGAUGCCGGCUCCGCAACCCGCCAAGACCAAGUACGUGGUGCAGCCUCUGAGCGGCGUGCCAGCGUGGAAAUUGGAUGGCGACGGCGCGGCCGACUUGCAUCUCCUCACCAAGGAGGAGGUCGAAGUGUGCAACGUUCUCCACUUAAUGCCAAAGCCCUACCUGGUUGUCAAGGAUACGCUGUUGAAGGAGGCGAUGAAGCAAGGCGGCAGUCUGAAGAAGAAGGACGCGCGGGCGAUGUGCAAGGUGAGAGCUGUCCUUUAG